CUCACUCAUCCUCCUCAGGAUUCCAAGCAUUCCCCGGAGCUGAGGUGGUUCAGGGCGGCCUCAAGCCUGGGCUCACUGUGAAGAGAGGCAGUCACAGAGCCAGGAGGCGGAGGGCAGCCUGGGCCCAGCCCACACCCCUCACCAGGAGGCACCAUGUGGCAGUGUCCACUGGGGCUGCUGCUGCUGUUUCUGCUGGCUGGCCAGGUAGCCCUGGGUGCCCGGCGAGGUCGCUGGCGCCGGGAGUUGGCACCAGGGCUGCACAUGAGUGGCAUCCGGGAUGCGGGCGGCCAGUAUUGCAAGAAGCAGACCCUGUGCUGCACGGGCCGCAUUGAUGACUGCUCCCUGCCCUACCUGGGCGCCACCUGCUACUGUGACUCCUUCUGCAACCGAAAUGUCUCCGAUUGCUGCCCUGACUACUGGGACACCUGCCUUGGCGUGCCACCCCCUUUCCCCCCAAUCCAAGGAUGUAUGCAUGGGGAUCGCAUCUACCCAGUCUUCGGGACAUACUGGGACAACUGUAACCGUUGCACCUGCCAGGAGAAAGGGCAGUGGGAGUGUGACCAGGAGCCAUGCCUAGUGGACCCAGACAUGAUCACCGCCAUCAACCAGGGUGACUAUGGGUGGCAGGCUGGGAACCACAGCGCCUUCUGGGGCAUGACACUGGAUGAGGGCAUUCGCUACCGCCUGGGCACCAUCCGCCCCUCUUCCUCUGUCAUGAACAUGAAUGAGAUUUAUACGGUGCUGGCCCCAGGCGAAGUGCUGCCCACAGCCUUCGAGGCUUCUGAGAAGUGGCCCAACCUGAUCCAUGAGCCACUUGACCAGGGCAACUGUGCAGGCUCCUGGGCCUUCUCCACAGCAGCUGUGGCAUCCGAUCGCGUCUCAAUCCACUCUAUGGGACACAUGACGCCUGUGCUGUCACCCCAGAACCUGCUGUCCUGUGACACUCACCACCAGCAGGGGUGCCGCGGAGGGCACCUUGACGGUGCCUGGUGGUUCCUGCGCCGUCGAGGGGUUGUGUCUGACCACUGCUAUCCGUUCUCGGGCCAUGAGCAGGCUGAGGCUGGCCCGGCACCCCCCUGCAUGAUGCACAGCCGGGCCAUGGGCCGGGGUAAGCGCCAGGCCACUCAGCGCUGCCCCAAUAGCCGCAUUGAUGCGAAUGACAUCUACCAGGUCACUCCUGCCUACCGUCUGGGGUCCGAUGAGAAGGAGAUCAUGAAGGAGCUGAUGAAGAAUGGUCCGGUCCAAGCGCUCAUGGAGGUGCAUGAGGACUUCUUCCUGUACAAGGGCGGCAUCUACAGCCACACACCCUUGAGCAUGGUGAGGCCCGAGCAGUACCGGCGGCACGGGACCCACUCGGUCAAGAUCACAGGGUGGGGAGAGGAGACGCUGCCCGAUGGAAGGACACUCAAAUACUGGACGGCAGCCAACUCGUGGGGCCCAUCCUGGGGCGAGAGGGGCCACUUCCGCAUCCUGCGCGGCGGCAACGAGUGUGACAUCGAGAGUUUCGUGCUGGGGGUCUGGGGCCGUGUGGGCAUGGAGGACAUGGGUCAUCGCUGAGGUCGCGGGCACUAGGCCAGGCCAAGCCAGGCCCGGCCGGUGGUCUCGGCAGAGAGCGGUGGUGGAAGAGCCCCCGGGUGGGGCGCCCAGGGGGCAGACAGAGCCUGGGGCGCAGGCGGCGCCGGCUCUAAUCCCACGGAUCCGCUGACGCAGCGCCGGGCCUGGGAGCCGGCCUGGGAGUAGGGCAGGCGAGGCUGGCGGAGCUCUCAGACUUCCCAGCGAGGAUGCAGCAGGGUCUGCCCAGGGAGGAGGGGGCCUGCAGAUCCCUGGCCCCCCAGCCAAAGACCACGGGAUCCAGGCACCCCAAACCUCCAGGUCCACUCCCUCACCCCACUCCUGUAUUCUUAUUCUUCAAAGAUAUUUAUUUUUCUUUUCACUGUCUAAAAAUAAAACCAAAAUAUUGAUAACUGCAGUAUCUCGGACCCUCCCAGAGUGGAGGGCCAGGCCAGAACUGGGGUGGCAUGUAGAAGGGACUGCCUGAGCCGUGGCUGGUUGGUAGGGCUGGUGGACUAGAACUCUUAGCCUCCUCCAGUCCUACUGGUCAGCUCGCAGGGCACUGACCCAUUUGGGGACGGGGCAGCGAUGGCAUGGCCUUUGGCCUCCAGAGAAAUGUGGGCCUUGGGAACCAACUUUCAGACGCUGACUCAGCUGCCCAAAGGGGGAGCCGCUCCACCAAUCAGCAGAACUGGCGCCGGGCCCCAGCAGGGAAGGAGGGCACCACCCCACAGUACUGGGCCCCCUGUCUCUGCAGGGCGGCCUCUCCCAGCCACCCAGACAAGGGCUCUCACCUUCCCCUUCUCCUGGGCCAAGCUGCAUGGCCUGGGAGUCCUCUUCCCACCCCACCUGCCAGCCCUCAGACCUCAGCCUGGACUUCUCGGCCCUCAGGGCCUGCCCAGUGCCCGGGCAGCUCCUCAAAUGAUCUGUGCAUAUGCAGACCACAUGCAGGCAUUUGUACAUGCUUUGCCCCGUUCACAUGCCACCCACCCAGUCCUAUUUCAAAGCCAGCUCCAGCGCAAUGGACCCAAGAUCCUCCAAACAGCCCAGCACAGGUCGGACACCCACCUCUGCAGCUCGUCUGGUGCUGUCCUCUUACCCAGUAUCUUGCUUAUCAGAGUAUCUACCUACCUCCCCACCGUGCUGGAAGUUCCCCGAGGGCAGGCCCCGGCCUGGUUCCUCAGUGGUCCCUGACACCCCGGGGUUAUCUUGCUAUGUGGUUGUGUUCCUGUUUGUGAAAUGACUGAGUGACUCCAGCCCAUUCUUUCCCCUCCGUUCCCCACACAGAUUUAGCAGCCGGUUCCUCCAGGCAUGAUAGGUAGGUAGUCGGCCAGAAAAGAGCUGGAGCUGCAGAACUAGCAGCAGGGCCCCAGGACAGGAUUCUAAGAAAGGCCAUGGUUUAGAUUUCCUGAGUUUGCAGCCCCCAAGCUUCCUGAAAGGAAGCCCCUUUGCAAAUUCCCUGUCCUGCCCGGUCUUACAUUUUUUAAUCCCACACAGUCACACCCCGAGGCUUCGGCCCCAAGUUGGACUAUAGUGACCUGUCUACACUAAUUAGGCCUCAUUUACAUAUAUUGGCAUUGUGGUUCUUUGACUCCCCUAAUGGACUUUGGCCACCAUACUUGUUCAGACUAACACCAUAUAAGUUCAAAAGACUCCCCUUGUGACCGGGAGGGAGGAGAUGCAGGCUGAUGGGGAAGAAGUUACCACUCCCUGCUACCCGCUCCAAGUCUGGAAAAACAAAAGAAAAACCAACCCUGGACCUCCCUGCAGUUUCACCCUCCUUGAGGGCAAACUUUCACUGCUAACAGUUGCCACCUCUGCUCUGCCUGCUUGCAGCUCUCCAAGUGUCUUGACCUUCCUUUUAUAAAAGUUAGCCCUGUCUACAGUGUACAUCUGUCCCCAAUAAACACACUUGCUAGAAA